AUGGAAGGUAUGGGAGGCAUGGGAGGCAUGCCCGGCGGUAUGCCAGACAUGCCAGUCAAUCACAAGAUCAUCCCCGAGAAGCCCCCGUCACCCACUCCAAUGAUCGAGGAAGCCUUGACCGAAGCCCGUAGACUUGCCCACGAGAACCGCUUAGAAGGCAAGGAGCUCGACGAACUAGCUGAACUUGAAGACGACGAAGACGAGAACUUCCUUGAUCAAAAGCGAAUGAACGAACUUGCUGCUAUCCAAUCGGCUUCCGUCUACAACCAAGUCUACCCUGUACAGAAGCCCGAUUGGUCGCGCGAUGUGACCGAAGAGUCAAAGAAAGCCUACGUCCUCGUCUUACUCACCUCUUCGUCUGGCACAAAUGUCGAAUCCCGUCUCUUGAUCGAAAUCUGGCGCGAGUUGGCUACAAAGUUUGGCGACAUCAAGUUUUGUCAAAUCCAGGCAAACCUUUGUAUCGAAGGCUACCCGGACAGAAACACUCCGACUGUAUUAGUAUACAAGGAUGGCGAUAUCAAGCGCCAACUAGUCACCUUGCGCGAUCUGAAGGGCGAUCGCACAACUGUUCGUGACCUGGAGGAUCUGCUUCGUUCUUUGGGAGCCGUUGACCCUAACGACUCCAGACUGCAACCCCGUCAACACGAUGAAUCGGUACAGUCUACUCUUCGUGGCGCUGGCCAAGGUGCUGGCCUGGGCAAUGAUGAUAGCGACAGCGAUUGGGACUAA